GCUGAUGAAACAAACAAUUUAUCAAUUUAUGAAAUUAAUACAAGUACUGGAAAUUCCAGACAAGGAGGUAAAGCUAGAGAUCCAUCAUGGAAAUGUGGUAAACCUUCUGAAUUGAAAGGGCAUUUGGCUCUGAAAUGCCCAUUAGUUAGUAAAGAAAUUCUGCAAAUAAAAGGCAAAGUGGAAAUAUUGGAUCUUCAUUCUUAUUUUGACAGUGAUAGAAUAGAUGCACCAAAAAUUUCAAGAGCAAAUCAAGCAAUGCUCAUCACCAAUUUAUAUACUCAAUUAAUGAUUUUUCAAGUGACAGACAUACAUACAGCUCAAUUCAAUGAACAAUUGUUAAGAAUGAUUGACAAUAUUGGAAAAGAAAAAAUCACUGCAAUUGUUUCUGAUGCUGAAUCAGCAAUGAUGGCAGCAAAAAGAAGGAUUGUAUCUGAUUAUAAACAUAUUUUGCCAGUAAGAUGUAUUGCUCAUCAUAUAAAUCUUGUUACAAAAGAUUUAAAAUCAUCAGUAAAGACUCAUUAG